AUGACCAAAUCAGAUGAGCUUUCAUCUACUACAGUGGAGAAAGUUCCAUAUGAAACGACAGAAUAUACUAAUGAUCCUUCAUUCGAAAUUGCUUGGGCUGUUAAGGCUGCUGAAAGGGCGAAUAUUCAUAUGAGCCUGCUGCUCACUUGCAACACCACAGAGUUAACGAUGCAUAAGAAAUUCAAUAUCAUCUAUGAUAAGUUUCGAGAGUUCUUCCCAAAAAUGAAUGUUGAGAAGAUAACAGAAAUAGAAUUAAAGGGUGAAAAUAAGCGGCAGUGGUUUACAUUUUGCGAAUACUUUAAAGAAGAAAUAGGAGAUUAUAAUCUUGCAACAAUCAUGAGGAUACGAGCUGAUGGUGCUUACAGCGAAUCAAAUACAAUUGUUGUUCCAAAGAUAAUUUUUCUGGCUGUGGAAAUUGCACGGAACAAGGAAGGCUUGAAUGAAAGCUGUAAGGAAAGUUUCAAAAUGGAACAUGAAAGAAUCAGACGUGAAGGAGGAAAUAUUUGUUAG